AUGAAAUCCGCCGCAGGCAUGUCAGCAAAGGCGGCAGCAACUCAUGCCCAGCCCUCUGAUCACGGAAACCUGCGGCCAGUUGCAUAUUUGCGGGAAUUAGAGAGAAAGGCCAAGGCACUGGAAGCAGCCCUAUCACAAAGAGUGCCUACGAGUGCAAAGACUAAACAUGGUGCUCCUGGCGAAGACGAGGAAGAUUUUGAAGAUGAGCAGCCACUGCUUGAGCCCUUUACCAAUCUCAGCCUACACAGACCGUCAACUAGUUUUUUGGGACCUGCAUCGUCUGACAUCUUCCUUCGAAAUGUAAGGAAGCUAUCGGGCUUUUACGGAGACGACGGCAGUCUUGAUGCCAGUUCAAACUUCUAUGAGCCAGGCGCAUUAGCCUCAAGGCGGCAAUUCUUCAGGCUUCACGUCCGUCUCCCACCAAUCGAAAUGGCCAGACGACUCUUUGCUGCUCAAUACACAUACAUCGGCACCAUUUUUGCCUUCACAGACCCCAAAGAGGAAUUCGAUAGACUCCUCGUGGAAGCAUACAAUGGCCCUCCUGACCCGUCGGACAAGGAUGCCUGUCUUGCGUACUCCAAGGUUCUGCUCAUCUUGGCCUUUGGACAAUUGUACUCGGUAAAUCAAUGGGUCGACUUCAGAGGGCCUCCGGGCUUCGACUUUUUCACAGACUCGCUACAGCUUCUCCCCGAAACCCACGAAGAAGGGUCGAUUCUCUGCGUCGAAACCCUUGCAUUGGCGGGAUAUUUCAUGCAAAACAUGAACCGACGGGAUGCAGCCUUUCAAUAUAUCGGCAAAGCCUUACGCAUGGCAAUUUCCCUCGGUCUCCACCAGGAAGUCAGCAAUCACUAUCCAAACGCCACCUGUCAGGGCCAGGUUCCUGCGCUCGACGAGGCUGCGCGUGAACAUCGGCGGCGAAUAUGGUGGUCAAUAUACAGCCUAGAUCGCAUCCUGUCCGUGAAGUCGGGGAACCCAAUCGCCAUACAAGACGAAGAUAUCGGCGUCAAUCUGCCGUCAAGGCUGCCUUCAGAGCCGGAAUAUUGCCCUGCCGUUGUUCUCAGAUACUACACGCAACUGUCUGGAAUACUAGGCGAGAUCCACACCCUCAUCUACCGCAGAACAAACCAGGCCGUCCCCAAAUCUGGCAAAAGUCUCAUGGCAUCUGUGCAGAGCAUCAUCCUGGCGCUGUCAAAGUGGAAUAGGGAAGUGCCGAAUGAAUUGCGCUUUGAUCCUAUAAAACUGAGCUUCAGUCGUGAAAGUGUUAGCUACUUGGCCCACUAUUAUCAAUGUAUCAAUAUGACUGUUCGUCCGCUGUUAUUUCACGUCGUCCAGAAACGAUUGAAUACAAUUCGGAGCGGCGGAGGACCGCAAGAAAAGGAACGGGAUUGGAAGGAAGGGCUCUCUCAGACGACAGUGAGGGUCAUUGACAUGUGUAUUGGAGCUGCGCAAGACACCGUCAAUAUGAUGGCAAUUGCAUCGCAGAGAGACCUAGUUGCAACCUACGGUUACAUGGACGGAGAACACAUCUUCUCCGCAUCCAUUGUCCUGGUAAUGGUUUGUGCCGCCUUCCCCACCAACAUCGCCAACACCACGGCAAUGAACGCCGGCCUCAGUCUCCUCCGGGGCAUGGGCGAACGGGGAAACAGCCACAUGGGCGCUCGCUACGAACUCCUGGCCAAACUGCACUCGGGCGUCAUGCCAGGAGCUGUGAUCCGAUGCACAACUGCCACGGGAUCGCCUCCCCAUGGCACGGACUUCGACUCCGCGAUAACAGGCUCCGCUAGUAGCAUGGCGACGGACCGGCUCCCCGCGCGAGUUCCGAUGCCCGCCAUGGGGUCUAUCAACAAAGUCGACGGCGCGGCUGAGCAGACGCUUACCUUUCCCGUGAUUGAUAAUAGCUCGCUCGAUGAGCCAUUUUAUGACGAGAGCGUCACGAGCGGCAUGGAUUUCGGGCUGUGGGAGGAGGGAUUUGCAUAUCCCACCAUGGACCUGGAUUUUGACCUCGUACAGAGGCAGCCACAGGGGCAGGUGCAUUCCGCUAUUGGAGAAUUUAUGUAUAUGAGUAGUUAG